AUGAAAGUAGCUAAAUUAUUUUACUUCGUCGCCUUCCUCAUAACCAUUAAGGUUUUCGUUCCAGGAUUGAACAAUGAAGGAUUAGUUGAUGCAAAGAGAGCUGCUUCUUCCUCUAAGUCAUUGAAGAAGUUUGACAAGGAUAUGCUAAAAAAGAAAAGGAAUCAAAAGAUAAUGAUGAUUUCCACCAUCGCAACUAGUUUAGCUCUACUCAUUGGUAGUGCCUUAGGAGGAUACAACCUCUACCAACAAAAGAACAGUAAGAAAUCCCGAGAACCAACUAUCAUAAACAGACCCCCAACAAAUACAGAAACUAGAAACUUAAGCAGAUCCCAGGAAGAUAUCUCCAAAAUCCCACCAACACCAGCGGCACCAUCAAGACCAUCAUCAACACCAACACCACCAACAACCACACCAACAACCACACCAAGCACAACAUCAUCUCCAUACACCAGGACUUACGGCACGGGAUUUGACAACAGGGGAUACAGAAGAGCUUGA